AUGGUCGUGGACGUGGACGUGGACGUAGACAUGGUCGUGGACCUUGACGUGGACGUGGUCGUGGUCGUGGACGUGGUCGUCGACGUGGACAUGGACGUGGACGUGGACGUGGACGUGGACAUGGACGUGGACGUGGACGUGGACGUGGACGUGGACAUGGACGUGGAUGUGGACAUGGACGUGGAUGUGGUCGUGGUCGUAGACGUGGACGUGGACGUGGACGUGGACGUGGACGUGGAGGACGUGGAUGUGGAGGACGUGGACGUGGACGUGGAGGACGUGGACGUGGACGUGGACGUGGACGUGGUCGUGGACGUGGAGGUUGACGUGGACGUGGACGUGGUCGUGGACGUGGAGGACUUGGACGUGGACAUGGAUGUGGACGUGGACGUGGACGUGGACGUGGACAUGGUCGUGGACGUGGACGUGGACGUGGACGUGGACAUAGACGUGGAUGUGGACGUGGACGUGGACGUGAACGUGGACGUGGACAUGGUCGUGGACGUGGACGUGAACGAGCUUGCCUGGUCCAUGAACGUGCCUGGUCUAGGAGCUUGCCUGGUCUAG